CCAGUCAAAACACAAUAAAAGAAGAAGAAAAAAAAGAAAAUACGGAAAAUUCACUUGUUUCUCCGAAUUUUCGUUCAUCUGUGAUUGAAAUUAUCAAAAAUUGCAUCGAGUAAAAGUGAAUUGCCAACUUUUCGUGUACAAAUUAGCAAAAUUGAGAGAUUUAUGGUUUGAUUGUUAUUGUCCAAAUUAGAAACUGCAAAAAAUCCUUUGUUCCAAAGGUGAAUUUCGUGACAAAUUAUCGCAAAAAAUCUGCCCGAAAAUGAGUCUCGGAGGUCGAGCUGAUCUGGAUUCCGGCGGUUUCUUUGUGAAUUUCAAUCAGGAUUGCUCAUCUCUUGCGGUUGGAUCGCGCAGCGGAUACAGUUUGUUCGCUCUGAAUUCCGUGGAUACGGGUUUGGAGGAAAUUUACAGCAGUCAAGGCGAGGAUAUUUGUUUGGUAGAACGGUUGUUCAGCAGUUCAUUGGUUGCGGUCGUGUCGCUGAAUGCGCCGCGUAAACUCAAAGUAUGUCAUUUCAAGAAGGGAACAGAAAUUUGCAAUUAUUCGUAUUCGAAUACGAUUCUUGCGGUGAAAUUGAAUCGCGCACGUCUCGUCGUUUGCCUCGAAGAUAGUCUCUACAUCCACAAUAUCCGUGAUAUGAAGGUCGUUCACACGAUUCGCGAUACGCCGAUCAACACAAAUGGCCUCUGUCAGCUGAGUACGAACAGCGACAUUUGCUAUUUGGCCUAUCCCGGCAGUUCGACGAGCGGCGAAGUGCAGAUUUUCGAUGCGAUCAACUUGAAUGCGAAAAUUAUGAUCCCGGCUCAUGAUUCGCCAUUAGCUGCUAUUGCUUUUAAUCCGAAUGGCACCCAAAUCGGUACAGCAAGCGAAAAAGGGACCGUAAUUCGCGUUUUUUCCGUCAAUGAUGGCACGAAGUUGUACGAAUAUCGUCGCGGCGUGAAACGUUGCGUCAGUAUCUCGUCCCUGGCAUUCAGUACAUGUUCAAACUACUUGUGUUGCAGUUCAAAUACGGAAACGGUGCAUGUCUUUAAGCUCGAUAGCAGCAACGUUGAAGCGACGCACGAUAAUAAGGAAGCCCCAAAAGACGAUUGGAUCGGAUACAUUAGCAAAACGGUGACGAGUUAUCUUCCGAGCUAUUUGCCGUCGCAGGUAACGGACGUAUUUACGCAGGGACGAGCUUUUGCAUCGGCACUUUUGCCCCAUCCGGGACUCAGAAAUAACGUCGCAAUUGCUACUAUUCAAAAAUCUCUAAGACUGCUCGUCGCAUCUCAAGAAGGCUAUUUGUACGUAUAUUCAAUAAAUUCCGAAGGCGGCGAUUGUCAAUUGCUUAAAAGACACGAUUUACGAAACCUUGAUGGGCAUGGUGUCAAAACAGAAUCAGUUUCGCUUCCGGCAAGUGAAGAUGGCGUUUCCAGUUAUGCAGCAGCAGUAAAAGGAGCUUCCUCAACGGAAGACGAGUAACAUCCAGUUGAAAUAAGGCACGAUGAACUUGACGAUUAUGACGACGACUUUACGGAUAUUGUCAAAAUUUAAUGUAAAUAAGCUUGAGAAAAAACAAAAUGGACAAAGUUGCUUUAGUGAGAGAUGUUUUUUAGACGGUUUUUAAAAUAAUAUUGUGUAUGAGCAGUCCAAUCAUUCUUGUAAAACGUCAAAAUAAGCAUUAUGAUUAUUAUUCUCAUACUAUAAGUUUAUGUGAAAUGCUGUAAUGUUGCAUAAUAAAAAAAAAAU